AUGAGCGGUCUGGAUGCCUGUGAUCUGCCAGUCAUCCGGGUUCCUGACAUGGAACGCAUUCGCAACGCUCGGCGCAAGCGCCAGCAACAGCUCAAACGCUGGUACCAAUACGACAAAUCCAUAGAAAAGGACAUGCAGAAAAAACAGAAGAAGGGCCUUCCCAUGAGCCCGGUUGGGGGCCGAAAAUCCCUGAUCAAGUCCGUCCAAUUUUCACAGGGCAUCAUCCUCCUAGAGGCUGCUGCCCGCGGAGAUUUGGACGAAGUAGAGUUGAAAUCCUGUUUGGACAAGCUGCGUUCCUACAUUAACGCCAAAUAG